AAGUGCUGACGCGAAGACGACAGGCCGACAGGGUAAACAGGGCGCCUUCUGCGAACUCGUCCCCCUCCCGACGAAGCAUCCUCGUCAUGUCAGUGCCGGCGGCGAUGCAGCGGCGCGGCGCCUCCGGCCGGCCUUCGGGCACAGACGGCUCCGACUUCUCUUACCGCAUGGUCGUCGAAUCCCGGUACCAGAGGGUUGCCGAGGGCAGAUCCCGCCUCGCGCGCCUCAUCCUCGUGCAGGUACUGCACCAGGUAGCUGGGGGCGCCUUGCUGCUGCUAUCCUUGUCCAAGGGGAAGGAGGUGAACAAGUUCGCCGUGCUGUCCGCGGCUGCGGGACUGCUGGCUAUAGUGGUGGGGGAAUUAGGACGAAAGCGGACUGUGGCGGUGCUACUUCGGCUUUACACAAGCUUGUCAUCAAUUGCCGUUGCAUUCUCCGUGACGUGCAUCAUCCGCUCAGAAUUGUUCUCAAAGGUUAUGAAGCAAAACACAGAAGCCAUCACAAGCUAUGAACUGUUUGAUGCCGUUCGAGUUGCUCUUGGUAUCCUGCUGCAAAUGGUGGUUAUAGCGACAACUACCAGACUUCUGCAGAACAUGUCUCCUCCCAGGAGAGCUUCAUGAAUGUUAAUGACAUUGUAGCUAUGUGCUUGACCAUUAGAAAUGAUACAAAACUUGGAGUUAAAUAUCUAUAGAGUUCUAUAGACUUGUAACGAGGCAGUUGGUGCACAACCUUCUCAGCAGUCAUGAGUUGCUUGUGUCAUCUUUUGUGUUCUCCUUUUACUCCUUCCCUUUCUCUGAAUCUGGAAAAUUUGGAGUGAUCGAUGCCCUUUGCAAGCAAAAAAGGCUAAUGAAACAUUUUUUCUCAAUCAUCU